GAAAUUUUUGAAGGAUAUGUCCGGGCUUUUCUGGAUCGCGGAAGAGGAAUAUAUUCUGCAAUUGAAAACCUCUUUGAUAAUCAUAUCUCUUCUUUGUUUGAUGGCAGCACAAUUAGAGGCAAUGUUCGCGCGCGCUGAGUGCUGCGCUGAGCGGGAGCACGUAGCGGCUCUGCGGUUGAUCAUGCGUGCGCUGUUUCGCGUCGCCAAUCUGCUGUUGAUAUACGCUUCAGUCAUUGAGAACGGCUCGCUAAUGCAGAUUUACGUGUGGUACACGCUCGCCUACAUCGUGGUCGGAGUGCCGGUUGCCAUCGCCGACAUGCUGCUGGGACUCAAGCAUGAGGAACGUAUCGCCGUCGACUUUGUCACUGAGAUCGUGUUCCUCUUCGUGUUGUCUCGGUGUCUCCCUGUAGUGAACACCUACAGAAUACAAUUAACUGAACUGGAGCGAGCGAAAUGGUGACUACAAGAUUGAUUUCAGCAACACGCUGGAUGGAUGGAUUUUUGUAUGUAAUUAUAAUGUUUACCUACGAUGGCAUCUAAAUACGUACCUACUCACUUAAUGAAAUUAAAACCGUUAAAUUAUUGAA